AUGUCCAAACUAACUAAUGCCUUAGCUGUAGGAGAGCGGGUAAAAUUCUCAUCGCAAGCUCAACUGAACCCUAGGAGGCAACACUUGGCACAAACUUUAGGGUCAGGAGAAAGCAAUCUUAGAGAAAUAAAUGCCAUAACCAAUCGGUCUGGUAAGGUCAUAGAACCAAUUCUCAAACCUAAGGAAAAUGAAAAGGUCCCUGACAAUACAGAAGAGAGCACCCCUAGUAAGGAGGUGGUGAAAAAUCCAUCUAGAGUGCCUUUUCCUCAAGCUCUCAAGUCUACCUCAAAAUCUGUCGGCCAACAUAAUGAAAUCCUAGAGCAUCUAAAACAAAUCACACCAAAGUAUAAAGGCCCUGGUUGUCCUAUUGUCUCUUGCAUCAUCGGGAACCAUGAGAUUUCACAAGUCCUUCUUGAUCUAGGGGCUAGUGUCAAGAUCAUGCCGGGAGUAGUUGAGGAUGUGUUGGUACAAGUUGACAAAUUUUACUACCCUAUUGACUUCUUGAUUUUGGACCUAAAAGUUGAUGUGAAUGUUAACUCCAAAAUUCCCAUAAUUCUUGGUGGACUUCUUCUUGCCACAGCUAAUGCUCUUAUCAAUUGCAGGAAUGGUCUAAUGAAACUAUCAUUUGGGAACAUGACCCUGGAUGUCAAUAACUUUCACAUCAUCAAGCAACCUAAGGAGGAUGACGAGUGUUAUCAAACAUUCAUGAUUAAUGCACUCGUUCAGGAGAAAGCACCUGCGAUUAUUGACCGCGAACAUUUAAACACUUUCCUUUCAAAUUCUAAAAUUCUAGCAGGGUAUGAUGAUGGGGAAUAUGCUAAUAUUUGUCCUGCCUUUGACGAUUUGUAG